ACUGGUCCCACUCCGGGCGGAGAGACUCUGAUUUGCGGGUUUGGACCCCAUACUGGACGUUUCUCGAUGUUUAUUUGGACCGUCAGAUGAACCGGCAGCAAUAAUGCUCUGAUUCAAGGCUGCAAGUUCCUGCUUUAAAGUGCAGGUUCGUGCUGGCUCUUAGGAACGUCAUGUGGGUCUCCACCAUGCUGCUGACUGGUGUCCUCCUCCUCCUGGGCCCCCUGCGGCGUGGAGGCGGCACUGCCAGGCCAUGUGAGGACCCUCCGGCUGGCUCCCGCCUCAAUCUCUCGGUCCAGUACGAGCUCCCCACCUUUGUGAGCAAGACAGCAAUCCAGAGCGUGCUCAUGCAUGACAGGCGUAUAUAUGUGGGUGCAGUGAACAGCAUCUACUCACUUAGUGAGGACCUGCGGGUAAUCUGGGAGUACCAAAGUGGUCCAGUGCUGGACAACCCUGGCUGCCUGCCCUGCCAGGCGUGCCCAGAGCACGGCAAUACAUCCUCUGGCGUCCUGAGGAACAACACCAACAUGGUCCUUCUGGUGGAGACCUUCUACGACGAAGAGCUCUUCAGCUGUGGCACGGCGCUGGGCGGCGUCUGCCAGCGCCACAUGCUGGACGGUAGCCAUCGGCACGCUGAGCCAGUCUGCAUGUUCUCCCCCAAGUCCAACAGGGGGCAGUAUGGCUGCCCGGAUUGCAUCGCUGGUCCAGAGGGCACCCAGGUGCUGAGCGUCGAGAGUGGGGGUGUGGUCCGCUUCUUUGUAGCAAAUUCAGCCUUGGCGCCGGCAUCGCCACGGGCUGCCCCUCUGCACACUAUCUCCGUGCGGGAGAUGAAGGAGACACAGGAUGGAUUCCACUUCCUCUCGGGACGCUCCUACUUGGACGUGCUGCCGCCGCUGGCGUUGGAGUUCCCAGUGCGCUAUGUGCACGCCUUCCGAAGCGGCCCACAUGCCUUCUUCCUCACCGUGCAGCGGGAAGACCGCGUCUCCCGUGCCUUCCACUCACGCAUCACCCGCACCUGUGCCGGCGAGUCGGAACUGCGGCGCUACGCCGAGCUGCCCUUUGAAUGCAUGCUGACCCGCAAGCGGCGCCGUCGCCAGGCCCGUGUCGAGGUCUUCAACAUCCUGCAAGCCGCCCACGUGGCACAGCCUGGCCAGCUUCUCAGGGAGGAAAUGGGCCUACCGGAAGGGGAGGAGGUGCUGUUUGCGGCCUUCUCCCGCAGCCGACCUAGUUCCCCGGAGCCGACGGCCAGCUCGGCGGUCUGUGUCAUCCCCCUGCGGGACGUCAACGUCUUCUUCAGGGACUACAUGCAGAGGUGUCACACCCGGCAGCUGUAUCACUUCAGGGGCUCUGACGAGAAGCUCUGCUACAACUCGAGCUCUGCGUAUGACAUGUCCAGCUGUGGGCAGCACGGUGAUGACUACCAGCUGGAACUCACUAGCACCAUCACGCGGCUUGACUACUUCAGCGGCCAGUUCAGCAAUGUCCUGCUCACCUCCAUCGCAGUGUUCCCCAUGGGGGGGCAGACCGUGGCCAGCCUGGGCACCUCCACGGGCCGGGUUAUACAGGUCGUGAUUUCCCGCUCCCGGCAGAGGACCUCACCCCAUGUGGACUUCCGCCUUGACCCACGGCCCGUGUCCCCUGAAGUGGCCCUGAUUACCGCUCCCCAGCUGGAUGCCUCCUUAUUGUUGGUGACGGGAAACAAGAUCACCAAGGUUCCCCUAGUGGGUCCAGGCUGUGAACAACUGCUGUCCUGCAGCUCUUGCCUCCUGGCCCCAGAUUUCAUGGGCUGUGGAUGGUGCCAGGACCGCUGUACCCGGCCACGGGACUGCGCCACACACUGGGCUAGGAAUUCCUGCCCUCCUGCCAUUUCCAUGAUCUCCCCAAAACAAGCCCCCAUGGACGCAAGAACCAGGCUCACGAUCUGUGGGAGAGACUUCGGCUUCAACAAGAGUGAGAGGUUCGACCCGGGACUGAUCCGAGUCCAAGCCGGCAGGGUACCCUGUAAGCUGGACAUGCAGGAAAGCAACAGUAACCGUCUGGUUUGCAUGCUGAGCCAUGUGAAUGUUUCCAAGGUGGAAACGGUUACAGUCAGCAGCGGGCAGGAGGUCACAGAGUUCCAUGGAUUCUCCUUUGUGCACACCGCAUUAGAGGGCAUCUUCCCUGGCUUUGGCCCUAAAUCAGGAGGGACGGUCCUUACCCUCUGGGGGAGAUUUUUAGACAGCGGUUCUGUGAGGCGUGUCUCCAUCGGCGGGGCAGCAUGUGAGAUUAAAAGCAUGGCAGCCACCAUGAUUGUCUGUCGAACCCCCGGACAGCCCUCACCAUCCAGCCAGCUCAUCCAGUUGACAGUGGACUCCGCCGAGUAUGACGCACCCUCUCCCUUCGUGUACAACAGGGACCCCUACAUCAGCGGCCUGCAACCUGCCCGCUCAUUCAUCAGCGGAGGCAGCACGGUGACGGCACGCGGGGCCUACCUGCAGUCUGCCCGCCAGCCACAGAUGCUCGUGACCCUGGGGUCUGACAGGGCUGUCCUCCAGGUGAGCUGCACGCUGGGCUUGGAUCACAGGGCAAUCCUCUGCAUCACGCCGUCCCUGAAGGACCUCAAAGUUGAGCCGCCAGUCAUCACCAAGGUCUCUUUCGUCCUGGACGGCUACUCCACUGGGCAGCUGACCUUCAUGUAUGUGGAGGACCCCAAAUUCGAGGAGUUUGAGAAGCCAACUCUUACCUCCAAAGGCAACAGGAACGUCUUAGAGAUUAAGGUGCCACAUGUGGACCUGGAGGCCGUACAGGGGGAGGUCCUCUGGGUGGCCAACCAGAGCUGUGAGAGUGUGCUGCUGGUGGGGAACACUCUGGAGUGCACCGUCCCCAUAGAGCUCCGACAUGUGACCAGGGAGCUGCAGGUGGAGUGGAAGCAGGCCGCCUCCUCAGUGAUGCUGGGCAAGGUGCUGCUGGCUCAGGAGCAGGGCUACAUGCUCUUGCUCGGGGCUGCGGCCUCCGUCAGCCUGCUGCUCCUGCUGCUCUGCACCCUCUACGCCUGCGUGCGGAAGAAGAAGACCGUGGAAGAUGUGUCUGAGGGCAUGGUUUGGUAUGAUGGGCGUGCUCACAUCCCACACCUGGACAUGCUGGCAAAUGCCAGGAGCAUCAGCCCCACCAACGAGAUGCUUUCCCAUGAAUCUUUGGACUAUAGGACUACCUUGCUUGAGGACCCCAGCACACCAGCAUCCCAGGCUGAGUCCUGCGGACCGCCCCCCUACACCCACUCGGACACGGCACAUGCCCCAGCUGCCGGAGAGGUAGAUGACAGCACCACCCUGCUGCACGCCGGUAUGAACAUCGACACUGGCAGCCUUCACCCCGAGCUGCUGGGGGCGCUGCAGCACGUGGGGAUCCCUCACCAGGACCUGCUGGUGCACCUGCAUGAGAUCAUUGGGCGAGGGCACUUCGGCUGUGUUUUCCACGGGACCCUGCUGAAAGGCGGCCUGAAGCAGCACUGCGCCAUCAAGUCCCUGAACCGUAUCACAGACCUGGAGGAGGUGACCCAGUUCCUCAGGGAGGGCAUCAUUAUGAAGGACUUCAGCCACCCCAAUGUGCUGUCGCUGCUAGGCAUCUGCCUACCCCCCCAGGGCUCGCCACUGGUGGUUCUGCCCUACAUGAAGCACGGUGAUCUGCGCAACUUCAUCCGCAAAGAGGAACAUAAUCCCACAGUGAAGGACCUCAUGGGCUUUGGGCUCCAGGUCGCCAGUGGCAUGGAAUACCUCGCCAGCAAGAAGUUUGUCCACCGAGACCUGGCAGCUAGGAACUGCAUGCUGGAUGAGAGCUACACAGUGAAGGUGGCCGACUUUGGCCUCGCUCGGGACGUCUACGAGAAGGAGUACUACAGCGUGCACAACAAGAGCGGCGUCAAGCUGCCCGUCAAAUGGAUGGCAUUGGAGAGCCUGCAAACACACAAGUUCACCUCCAAGUCAGACGUGUGGUCGUUCGGCGUCUUGCUAUGGGAGUUGAUGACUCGAGGAGCUCCACCCUACUCAGAUAUCAGCUCUUUCGACAUCACCGUGUUCCUGCUACAGGGGCGGCGGCUGCUGCAACCCGAGUUCUGCCCUGACAUGCUCUAUAACCUGAUGAUGGAGUGCUGGCACCCGAAACCGGAGCGGAGGCCCCCCUUCUCCGAGCUGGCGUCCCGCAUUGCCAGCAUCUUCUCCAGCUUCAGCGGCGAGCACUACAUCACGCUGAACACCACGUAUGUCAACAUCGACAAGGUCACACCCUACCCCUCUCUGAUCUCCUCUCAGGGCAACCUGGACAGGCUGUGCUGCACCUGAGCGACAUGAGUGGGGCUUCUCUCAGCCUGAGUGGCACUUAUCACCACAGAGCCAGAGCUGUUCCCCUGUGCCGGACUUUUGGGGGACCAUCGUAAGGGGUAUGGGGAUGGGAGGGGCUGAAAUGUAACCUCUUUGUGUGGUCUACAGUCACUGUGUACUGUCUACUGAGUAUUGCUGACUGUGAGAUUCUUGUUAUGCAUGCAUUUCCAGUCCAUUGUACUGACGCAAGUCUCACAGUGCUUCUGGUAUCUGUACAGACUGUAGUAUUUAUGAAACUGGAAUCCCUGGAAAAAGCAUAUUACUAGGUUUGCCUGCAGUACACUGGUCAGUUUGUACUUAUUUUGAUGUCCUGUAAAUACCAUGUGAGACAGUAUUGAGGAAUUUAUGUUUUUUUGUGAAAAUAUAUGUAUUCUCUCGCUUGUUUUUUAUACUGUUUGUAUAAGCUGCUUAUAGAGUAGCUGUGAGACCAUCAUUCUUUGAAUAUUUCAAUGAACUGAAAGUGCUGUACUUUUAUGAGAGAAAUUAGAGAAAAAUGCCAGGGAUUUGUCUGAUUUCCUAGUUUGUAUAUUGUGAAAUGGUAUGAAUGUGUAUACAGCUGGAAGGACAGCUACUGUACUGUUAACUGAAGUGCCACUCUUUUGAAAUAAGUGUCUUUUUGUAAAUCUGUUCAUUGGCUUAUUCCCUGUACUUGGGACAUUGACGUGGAGUAUUUGUAUUGAGAGCUGUCUCCUCCUUUGGGAUGAUCUGUGAUCGAUGGUACUAUCUUAUACGCGCUCUAUGGUUUACUGUAAUAGAGCUUCUUUGUAAUAACUGC